AUGCAUUAAAUUGUUGUUAAAGCACUUAUUAGAGAAUAUCUCAUUAAAUAAGGAUUCACUUAAACUUUAAAUACUUUUGAUUUAGAAUAUAGAGAUUAAACAACUAUUACUAAAAUGGAUGUAAUUUUACAACUUGGACUUUCAAAACUUGUCAAAAGAAAUAAUGAAUCAAUCAAACCUUUAAAGAGUUUAUUAGAAAUCUUGAUAUCUCAUCUUCUUAAUAAAAAAGCAUAAUUAGAAGCAUUAACAAUAGCUACUAAAGCUGAAAGAAUUGAAGAUAUUCCUUAAGAUAUACCAUAUGAUCCUACUAUUGGAGUAUCUCGUCAAAAUAAAAUGAAGAAACGUCCUUAAUCAGAAUACAAACCAAAAAAUUUAGAUUUAUCUAAAGAAGAAGAAGAAGUUAUUAUUGAAUCAAAUGAAGAUAAAAAUGAUGAAAAAUUAUCACAAAAUAAAGGAUAAUUUCAAGUUUCAAGAAAACCUUCUAAUAAAUAAGUUAGAUUAUAUGAUUAUUAAGAUGAUGAUGAUCCUUUAAAAUAAGAAAUUAAAGAUAAUCCGUAAUUGACACUUGCUUAACCACCUAGAUUAAUUAAUAUGAAAAAAUAAUCAGAAUAAAAAGAAAAUGAUCAAUAAAUAAUUAAUGAAUAAUAAGAUAAUAAUCAUUAAGAUGAAUCAACACUAGAUCUUAAAGUAGAAUAUUAAAAAUGCAAUAUUAAAUAACAUAAUGUUUAACUUUAAAUAUCAAAUUUUAAUUAUGAUAAAAAUAUUGGACUUAAUUAAGGUAAACGUAAACCUUAAUAAAAAUCAAUUACAUAACCUAUUAAAUAAUUAUUAUUUUAAGGUAUAAUGAAUGGAUUACCUAAAAGUUGGUCAUAACCAUUUAUUUUUAAAGAUGAACCUACUUUUUUUGGAUUGCAUUAAUUAGAAGGAGGUCCUUGUGGUGUUUUAGCUUCAGUUUAAGCUUAUUAUCUUAAACAUUUUCUAUUUUCUCAAACUAUCUAUUCUAAAACUUCAAUUAAAUAAAAUUGUUUAAUUGCCGCAUUAUCAGAUAUUUUCUAUAAAUGCAAUAAAGAAAGGCUUAUUUUAACAAUUCCCACAAGAGAUUCUUCAAUGAGUUAAGCAAUAUCAAUUGAAAGUUGUGAUUAGUUAGAAUAUUAAAUCAAAUCUCUAAAUUAUUUAUAUGAAGUACUAUUGGAACAUUCAACUCUUUUUUUUGGUUAAAAUGGUGUAACAUUAUUCUUCUAUUCACUUAUCUUAACCAAAGGUGUUGAAUAAAUUAUGUUAGAAAUGGAUUCAGCUACUAAUCCUUUGAUAGGUAAUCAUGGUCAUUGUACAUAAGAAGCUGUUAAUCUUAUGUUAACUGGAAAAGCAGUAAGUAAUUGUUUUGAUGGGUAUUAUUUAUUAUUUAUAUAAUAGAUGUAAAUAAAUAGAAGAUUUAAAGAUAAAAGGAGUUGAACAAAGAAGUGAAAUUGGAUUCUUAACUAUAUUUGAACAUUUUUAAUAUCUAGAAGUUGGAAAGAACUUAAAGGAACCUUUACUUCCAAUCUGGGUAAUUUGUAAAGAGUAUCAUUAUUCUGUUAUUUUUGGUUGUAAUAAUGAUGUUAUAUAAGAUAAACCAUAUUUAAGUAAUAUUAAUUUUUAAAUUAGAAAAAAACUUAAAAGAAUUUGAUCUUGUUUUUUUUGAUGGAUUGAAUAAUCCUGAUGAUUUGAUUAUCAUUACAAUAAGAAGAUUUGGAGCAUAGUUGGGUAAAUAGAAAAAAAAAAUACAAAUUGAAGGAGUUUAAUUUGAUUCAAGUGAAAAAGUUACUCCACUUAUCGAAUAUUUACUGAAAACAAAAUAUGGAGAAUUAGAAUUAGAUUGGAAUGAUAGUAUGCCAAUAUUAUGA